AUGGAUUAUUAUGUAGAUACCUAAAAGGGAAAUACAGCUCACUCCGUUUUGAAAAGUUCCUUACCUAUUCCUAUAUUUGCAGCAAAAAUUAAAACUCAAAAUUUGGAUUCAUCAAAGGUAAUUUAAGAAGAUAUUAGCAGCUUAGAUUUAGACAUUGUUUUUGCUAAUAAAUUUUGUAGAUAGAUUUUCAAUAUAAAAAAGAAAAUGGAUAUGAAAGAUAAGUUAAAAUAUUUAUUUCUAUAAGGUGAACAUAACAAUGCUAAUGAUAAUAAUAUCAAUCCAGAAUAUGACGAGCAAUUAAAGUAUUGCUUCGACAAAGCUUUUGAAGAAACAGAUAUAAACUGUUAUUCUCCUGAGUACAGAGUUGCAAAGAGAAAUUAAAUUAGCUAAAUGAAAUAGACUUCUUAUUAUUAACAAAAGAAUUCAUAGCAAAUUGACUUAAAUUUAAAAUAAAACAAUUUAAAAUUAGAAUCUGCUACACAAAUAUUAGAAAACAACCAUUCCAAGACGUCAAACACUCAUACAUUUUAAAUAAACCCCAUUCCAAUUAUAUGCAAUUCUAAUUCGAAUUAGACUACUUAUAAAUAAGAAAGUUAAGAUCCUAAUUAAAUUUAACUUAACAAUCACGACAGUAAAUCUCAAAUUAAUUACUAAAAUUAGCACAGAAAUUCAUUUAAAUAAAAAGCUAUGACUUAAUAAUUUCUAAAGCAAAACUUUACUAAAUAAGAAAUCAAAGAAUAUGGCAUGGCAAGCUCUCAGCUGACUACCAUAUUGUACUAUCAUAUUUUAUAAAAACUCUAUAUGAAUUUAUUCAACAGGCAACGCAUGGAACAUAAUGCUGAAAAUAGUUCAGCGGGUAAAUAGGAAAAUUAAUCAAAGUAACCACCCCCUUCAUCUAUAAAAAAUCUUAGCCCUUAGGCUUCACAAGUUUUUGAGCAGUAACAAGAAGAUAUCUUUUUAGAUGUUAUGUAUAUUGACUCUGAUAAAAAAAGGAGAAAAUUCUUUGAUAUAAAAAUUAUUGAAAUUGAAUGGGAAAAUGAGUAAGCUCUGAUGGUUAUAAUGAAUGACAUUUCAGAAAAAAUGAGAAUAAAACGCAUGAAAGAAAUAGACUCUUUCAAAAAUGAUAUACUCUCAACAAUUACUCAUAAUUUAAAAACUCCUCUAAAUGGGAUUAUUCUUAUAGCUCAAACUUUACAAAAUUAAGUUCAAUCUAAAGUUAAAGAUGCUGUUUCUGAUAUUCUAUAAAAUAGUAAAAUGCUGCUUUACAUGAUCAAUGAUAUUUUAGAUUACUCGCGUUUAUCGAAAGGAAAUAUUCACUUAAAUUUAGAAACAUUUACUCUCUCAAAGCUUAUUAAGGAAGUGCUAUCUGUUUACAAAAGAUAAACAUAAGAAAAACAUGUUAAAUUAAAUUAUAUGCUAAUGGGAAAUCUCUAAGUUUCUUGUAAGUUGAUCAAUGACUUUAGUAGAAUUAAAUAAAUACUCAUAAACCUUGUUGGAAAUGCUGCUAAGUGCACAUUUGAGGGCUCAAUUACUAUUAUCUUUGAAGUAACUUCCCCAAAUCAUCUGCUUAUUUCUAUCAAAGAUACAGGUAUAGGAAUGAGUAAUGAAACAAUAAAGUCGAUAUAAAAAAUAUAAAUGAAAAGAAAAAAAGAUAUGAGGCAUGGUGUUGGGAUAGGUUUGUUGAUUGGAAAGAGUUUACUAUAAUUAGUUGGACCUGAUACAGAGUUUAGAAUAGAAAGUUAAGAAAAUCAAGGAAGCACAUUUUCUUUUAAAGUAUUUUUAGUGCACAAUAAAUCUAGAUGCAGUAAUGCAGAAGGAUUACAAAUAUCGUAAUUAUAAAAUUUCUUCUAGAUAGACAAAAGUGCUUUUGAUUACAAUACGAGUUAGAUGAUGCAAAAAAAUAAUUUUAUUAUAUCUAAAUCUCGAAAUAAUCAAAUAAACACUAUUUUGGAAGAGGUAAAGCCAUAUGAAAAAUAGGACACUGAUAAUAAAUUGAAUUUUAAAGAAUGCAUAUCUCAAAAAAUUAUUACUGAGGAACCCAGAGAUACUUACAAGAAUACUGAAAGUUAGGAUACAGAUUAAUAUUUUUUAAAUUUAGAUUCAUAACGAAGGAAAAAUACAGGUGAUUCUAAAAUGAAGUAUAAGAAAGAAUAGUUCAAUUUAAGAAAAAUUAGUUUAACUGAUAAUGGAUAAGUUAGAAAUAAACCUAACAUAAAUUAAAAUUGGAACUUAAAAAAUUAAGACUUUGACUUUAACAAUUUGCUAUAAAAUAAGAAAUAACACCCAGAACAAUCAAGUAUGGAUGAAUUUGAAGACGAAUAGCAAGUAGAAGAUGGUGUUGUGGCAAAUAAAUAUAUAGACACUAAUAUAAACGAUUUAAAAGCAAGCUAAAUUAGAGUUAUUCCAUACCACCUUAAUUCAACACAAAUUGUUAACUCUAAAAUUAAUAAAGGUAGUCAUGGAAGAGCAAAUAGUGGAGGUUCAGAUUCAUUCAGAAGCAACUUCAACGAAUUAUUUGCUUCUUAUGAAAAUUCGCCAACUGGUCAACUUAAAAUGUAAUAUGAAAAAAGUAUUGAUUCAAAUAGAGAAUAUAUACAAUAUAACAAUGUUAAAUUUAACCUUAGCCCAAACUAUGAGACUGAUUCUGUUUACACACAAACUUCAAAAUAAAAUAGUGAACAUUUUAAUAAUAAUUAUUUUGGAAUUAAUAAGUCGUUAUAGAAGAGUGUUGCUAAACUAUCUUAAUACAAUAGCUCUUUUUCAAAUAAAGAGUAAAUUAAUAUUUUUUAAUCAUCUCCAAACUAAACCAAGAGGCAAUCUUUUAAUUAACCUUAUGAAUCAAGUGGUAUAAAAACUUUAAGAGAUCAUUGUGAAAAAAGUGAGCCCAAUUUUAAUAUAUUGACAUAUAAUUAAUAUUAAAAAUUGUCAGUAAAUGAUAGUUUAAAUAAUACUCCGAAUUAUCCUACCUAAUAAAAUCUAAUCUCCAAAUCUAAUUAAUUGUUCUUAAAUAAUAACAAUUUUUUAUAGAAUCCAGUAUCUUAGAAUAUAGCAAGAGAAAAAUUAAGAAUAAGACAACAUUCUAAUACUGAUAAUAAAGAAAAAAAUAGAGAGAGAUACUACAGCGCAUACUAAAAUUCUACUUACACUUCCUAAACAAAUAAACUUUUUAAAUUUAACUCUAAUGCAAAUCUUGAAGAUUCUAAAAAAUAAUCGACCUUUAACUAUCAAGGAGGAGGAAGAUUAUACGAAUUUAUAGAAGAGAGUAGAGACUAAGAUGAUAACAAAAAUGAAAUUGGAGAAUCAGGAGCUUAAAAGCAUCUAAGUAUUAACAAAUAAUAUCACACAAUCCACUCAUCUACUACUUUAUACGUAGAAAAUAAUAAUAUAAACCUAACAAUAUCUUAAAAUAUUCCAUUUUAUGAUUAAAAAUCUAUUCAUAACGGCUAAUUGAAUUAUUAAGAAGCUAUCCAGGACUAUUUUGAAAACACAACAAUUAAAGUCUUAAUUGUAGAUGAUACUGUAUUUAAUAUUAAGGCUUUGAGAAAUCUUUUGUAAAAAUACAAAACUAUACAAGUCGAAGAAGCUUUUAAUGGGUAGUAAGCUGUUUAAAAAGUUGAAUAAUCCUAAUUUGACAUUAUAUUUAUGGAUAUUAACAUGCCUGUAAUGGAUGGGUUUCAAGCUACAAAAAAAAUAAGAGAAUUAUAAAAAGAAAAUAAAAUAUUUUAUAAACCAAUUAUUAUCAUAGUAACUGCAUUUGGAGAUUAAGAAAACAGAAGUUUGUCUUUCUAAUCGGGAGCAGAUGAGCAUAUUGAAAAACCUCUUACCUUGGAUUCUAUCUAAAAAACAAUAUAUUAACUCAUAAGAAGGUGA